AUGAUGCCCCAGAAGAAAAAGCGGAGGAAGAAAGACAUCGACUUUCUGGGCCUGUACGAGGAGGAGCUGCUGAACUACAACUCAGAAGAUGACGAGGACGAGCUGGAGCAUGAGUACUACAAGGCAAAGGUGUACGAGGUGGUCACAGCCACAGGGGAUGUUCGUGGUGCAGGGACAGAUGCCAAUGUGUUCAUCACAAUCUUUGGAGAGAAUGGGCUCUCUCCCAAGCUCCAUCUCACCAGCAAGAGUGAAUCUGCUUUCGAGAAAGCCAACGUAGACGUAUUCCGGGUGCGGACCAAUAACGUGGGCCUCAUCUAUAAAAUCAGGAUCGAGCAUGACAACACAGGUUUGAACGCCAGCUGGUACCUGGACCGGGUGAUAGUGACCGACAUGAAGAGGCCCCAUCUCCGCUACUACUUCAACUGCAACAACUGGCUGAGCAAGGUGGAAGGUGACCGCCAGUGGUGCCGUGACCUCCUGGCCAGCUUCGACCCCAUGGAUAUGCCCAGAGGAAACAAGUAUGAAAUCAAGGUGUACACUGGCGACGUGAUGGGUGCAGGAACAGAUGCCGAUGUCUUUAUCAAUAUCUUUGGAGAGUACGGAGACACAGGAGAGCGUAGGCUGGAAAAUGAAAAGGACAACUUUGAAAAGGGAGCUGAAGACAAGUUCAUGCUGGACGCCCCGGAUUUGGGGCAGCUGAUGAAGAUCAAUGUGGGCCACAACAACAAGGGGGGGUCUGCAGGCUGGUUCCUGUCCAAGAUUAUCAUUGAAGAUUUUGGGAACAAAAGGAAAUAUGAUUUCCCCCUUAACCGCUGGCUGGCACUGGAUGAAGAUGAUGGCAAAAUCCAAAGAGACAUCUUAGUGGGCGGAGCUGAGACCACAGCCAUAACCUAUAUUGUCACUGUCUUCACUGGGGAUAUCCGUGGAGCUGGAACCAAAUCGAAAAUCUACUUGGUCAUGUAUGGAGCCAGAGGGAAUAAGAACAGUGGGAAGAUCUUCCUGGAGGGCGGUGUGUUUGACAGGGGCCGCACGGACAUCUUCCACAUCGACCUGGCUGUCCUUCUUAGCCCCCUGAGCCGGGUCUCCAUCGGGCAUGGCAAUGUGGGCGUCAACCGAGGCUGGUACUGCGAGAAGGUGGUGAUCCUGUGCCCCUUCACUGGCAUCCAGCAGACGUUCCCCUGCAGCAACUGGCUGGACGAGAAGAAGGCCGACGGGCUGAUCGAGAGGCAGCUCUAUGAGAUGGUGUCUCUGAGGAAGAAGCGGCUAAAAAAAUUUCCUUGGUCCCUUUGGGUCUGGACAACUGAUCUGAAGAAAGCCGGCACCAACUCUCCCAUCUUCAUCCAGAUUUAUGGGCAGAAGGGGCGGACAGAUGAGAUCCUCCUGAAUCCCAACAACAAAUGGUUCAAACCGGGCAUCAUCGAGAAGUUUAGGAUGGAGCUCCCAGAUCUUGGCAGGUUUUAUAAAAUUCGGGUGUGGCAUGAUAGGCAGAACCCUGGCUCCGGCUGGCAUUUAGAAAAGAUGACCCUGAUGAAUACCCUGAAUAAGGAUAAGUAUAACUUCAACUGCAAUCGCUGGCUGGACGCCAACGAGGAUGACAACGAGAUCGUGAGGGAAAUGACCGCAGAAGGCCCGACCGUGCGCAGGAUAAUGGGGAUGGCCCGCUACCGUGUGACUGUAUGCACAGGAGAACUCGAAGGUGCAGGAACUGAUGCCAACGUCUACCUCUGUCUUUUUGGUGAUGUGGGGGACACAGGGGAGCGACUGCUUUACAACUGCAGGAAUAACACCGACCUGUUUGAGAAAGGCAAUGCUGACGAGUUUACCAUCGAGUCUGUCACCAUGAGGAAGGUGAGGCGGGUGAGAAUCAGACAUGAUGGCAAAGGCUCUGGCAGCGGCUGGUACCUGGACAGAGUGCUGGUGAGAGAGGAAGGCCAGCCAGAGAGCGACAAUGUCGAGUUCCCGUGCCUCAGGUGGCUGGAUAAGGAUAAGGAUGAUGGACAGCUGGUCCGAGAGUUGCUACCCAGUGACAGCAAUGCCACGCUCAAGAACUUCCGCUAUCACAUCAGUGUGAAGACCGGGAACGUCUCCGGGGCCAGCACAGAUUCUAAGGUGUACAUCAAGCUCUAUGGGGAGAAAUCUGACACCAUCAAGCAAGUUCUGCUUGUCUCCGACAACAACCUCAAAGACUACUUUGAACGUGGCCGAGUGGAUGAGUUCACACUGGAGACCCUGAACAUUGGGACUAUCAACAGGCUGGUAAUCGGGCACGACAGCACAGGCAUGCAUGCAGGCUGGUUCCUGGGCAGCGUCCAGAUCCGUGUGCCCCGCCAAGGCAAGCAGUACACCUUCCCUGCCAACCGCUGGCUGGAUAAGAACCAGGCAGAUGGGCGUCUGGAGGUGGAGCUUUACCCCAGCGAGGUCGUGGAGAUUCAGAAAUUGGUCCACUAUGAGAUUGAGGUCUGGACGGGGGAUGUAGGCGGAGCAGGUACCACUUCCCGAGUCUAUGUGCAGAUCUAUGGUGAAGAAGGCAAGACCGAAGUACUCUUCCUCUCCAGCCGCUCCAAAGUUUUUGAUCGAGCAUCCAAGGACAUAUUCCAGCUGGAAGCGGCAGAUGUGGGUGAAAUCUACAAGAUCCGACUGGGACACACCGGCGAGGGCUUUGGGCCCAGCUGGUUCGUGGACACCGUGUGGCUGAGGCACUUGGUGGUGCAGGAGGCAAACCUGACACCUGAGGAGGAGGCCCGGAAGAAGAAGGAGAAGGACAAGCUGAGGCAGUUGCUGAAGAAGGAAAGGCUGAAGGCCAAGCUGCAGAGAAAGAAGAAGAAGAAGAGAAAGAAAGGAAGUGAUGAAGAGGAUGAGGGCAACGAGGAGGAAGAGUCCUCUUCAGAAGAGUCCUCGUCAGAAGAGGAGGAAGAAGAAGAGACAGAGGAGGAGGAGGAGGAAGAGGAGGAGUUUGGGCCCGGGAUGCAGGAGGUGAUCGAACAGUACAAGUUCGAAGUCAACCGCUGGCUGGCCCGGGGCAAGGAAGACAAUGAACUUGUCGUGGAAUUGGUCCCAGCUGGUCGGUCUGGUCCUGAGCCCAACACCUACGAGGUCCAGGUGAUCACAGGGAAUGUGCCCAAGGCUGGCACUGAUGCCAACGUCUACCUGACCAUCUACGGAGAGGAAUAUGGGGACACAGGGGAGCGGCCUCUCAAGAAAUCAGACAAGUCCAACAAAUUCGAGCAGGGCCAGACAGAUACCUUUACCAUCUACGCCAUUGACCUGGGGUCUCUGACCAAGAUUCGGAUUCGCCAUGACAACGCAGGCAACAGGCCAGGCUGGUUCCUGGACAGGGUAGACAUCACCGACAUGAAUAAUGAGAUCACGUACUACUUCCCGUGCCAAAGGUGGCUAGCAGUGGAGGAGGAUGAUGGGCAGCUGUCCAGGGAGCUGUUGCCAGUGGAUGAGUCCUAUGUGCUACCCAGCGAAGACGAGGAGGGUGGAGGACAUGGUGACAACAACCCCCUUGACAACCUGGCUCUGGAACAAAAAGAUAAAUCCACCACAUUCUCAGUGACCGUCAAGACUGGGGACAAGAAGAAUGCUGGCACAGAUGCCAAUGUCUUCAUCACACUCUUUGGCACGCAAGAUGACAAUGGAAUCACCCUCCUGAAGUCCUCCAAGACCAACAGUGACAAAUUUGAAAGGGACAGCAUUGAAAUCUUCACAGUGGAGACGCUGGAUUUGGGAGACCUGUGGAAAGUUAGGAUCGGCCAUGACAAUACAGGCAAGGCCCCAGGCUGGUUUGUAGACUGGGUAGAAGUGGAUGCUCCCUCUCUUGGAAAGUGCAUGACUUUUCCCUGUGGCCGCUGGCUGGCCAAGAAUGAGGACGACGGGGCCAUCGUCAGGGACCUCUUCCACGCUGAGCUUCAGACACGACUCUACACACCAUUUGUCCCUUAUGAGAUCAUCCUCUACACCAGUGAUGUCUUUGCUGCUGGAACCGAUUCCAACAUCUUUAUAGUCAUCUACGGCUGUGAUGCCGUGUGCACCCGGCAGAAGUUCCUGUGCACCAACAAGAGGGAGCAGAAGCUGUUCUUCGAGAGGAAGUCUGCCUCCCGCUUCAUUGUGGAGUUAGAAGAUGUGGGUGAAAUCAUUGAAAAAAUCCGGAUUGGCCAUGAUAACACAGGCAUAAACCCUGGGUGGCACUGUUCCCAUGUGGACAUCCGCAGGCUCCUUCCUGAUAAAGAUGGUACAGAGACCUUGACUUUCCCAUGUGACCGAUGGCUUGCCACCUCUGAGGACGACAAGAAGACCAUCCGAGAACUGGUCCCUUACGACAUCUUCACUGAGAAGUACAUGAAAGAUGGGUCCUUACGACAAGUCUACAAGGAAGUGGAGGAGCCUCUGGACAUUGUGUUGUACUCGGUACAGAUCUUCACAGGGAACGUUCCUGGGGCAGGGACCGAUGCCAGGGUCUACAUCACCAUCUACGGAGAUCUCGGGGACACUGGAGAACGGUACCUUGGCAAAUCAGAAAACCGCACCAACAAGUUCGAGAGAGGAACGGCCGACACCUUCAUCAUCGAGGCUGCUGAUCUGGGUGUCAUCUACAAGAUCAAGCUCCGCCACGACAACACCAAAUGGUGUGCUGACUGGUAUGUGGAGAAGGUGGAGAUCUGGAAUGACACCAAUGAGGAUGAGUUUCUAUUCCUGUGUGGACGCUGGCUCUCCCUGAAGAAAGAGGAUGGGCGGCUAGAGAGGCUCUUUUAUGAGAAGGAGUACACUGGCGACCGCAGCAGCAACUGCAGCAGCCCUGCUGAUUUCUGGGAGAUCGCCCUGAGUUCCAAGAUGGCAGAUGUGGACAUUGCCACGGUGACAGGACCCAUGGCUGACUAUGUUCAGGAUGGCCCUGUGAUUCCCUACUAUGUGUCAGUGACCACUGGGAAGCAUAAGGAUGCAGCCACUGAUAGCCGAGCGUUCAUCUUGCUCAUUGGGGAAGAUGAUGAACGCAGCAACCGCAUCUGGCUGGAUUAUCCCCAGGGGAAGCGAGGCUUCAGCUGUGGCUCCGUGGAAGAGUUCUAUGUCGGCGGCUUGGAUGUGGGCACCAUCAAGAAAAUAGAGGUGCUUUAUGAAAUGACGGUCUGGACAGGUGACGUGGUCGGUGGAGGCACUGACUCCAAUAUCUUUAUGACCCUCUAUGGCAUCAACGGGAGCACAGAAGAGGUGAAGCUGGACAAAAAGAAGGCCAGGUUUGAGCGGGAACAAAAUGACACCUUCAUCAUGGAGAUUCUGGACAUCGCUCCCUUUACCAAGAUGCGCAUCCGCAUUGAUGGGAUGGGGAGCCGGCCAGAGUGGUUCCUGGAGAGGAUCCUGCUGAAGAACAUGAACACAGGAGACCUGACCAUGUUCUACUAUGGAGACUGGCUGUCCCAAAGGAAGGGCAAGAAGACACUGGUUUGUGAAAUGUGCGCUGUCAUUGAUGGGGAGGAGAUGAUGGAGUGGACCUCCUACACGGUCUCUGUGAAGACCAGUGACAUCCUGGGGGCAGGCACCGAUGCCAAUGUGUUCAUCAUCAUCUUCGGGGAAAAUGGGGACAGCGGGACCCUGGCUCUGAAGCAGUCAGCAAACUGGAACAAGUUUGAACGGAGCAACACAGACACCUUCACCUUCUCUGACAUGCUGAGCCUGGGCCACCUCUGCAAACUGAGGGUCUGGCAUGACAACAAAGGAAUAUUUCCCGGCUGGCACCUGAGCUAUGUUGACGUGAAGGACAACUCCCGUGAUGAGACUUUCCGCUUCCAGUGUGACUGCUGGCUGUCCAAGAGUGAGGGUGACAGACAAACCGUCCGCGACUUCGCAUGUGCCAACAAUGAGAUCCGUGAGGAGCUGGAAGAGACCACCUACGAGAUUGUCAUAGAAACUGGCAACGGGGGCGAAACCAGAGAGAAUGUCUGGCUCAUCUUGGAGGGCAGGAAGAACAGAUCCAAGGAGUUCCUGGUGGAGAAUUCUUCCAGGCAGCGGGCCUUUCGGAAGGGGAGCACGGACACAUUUGAGUUUGACAGCAUCUUCUUGGGAGACAUCGCCUCCCUCUGCGUGGGCCACCUGGCCAGGGAGGACCGAUUCAUCCCCAAGAGAGAACUUGCCUGGCACGUCAAGACCAUCACCAUCACUGAGAUGGAGUAUGGAAAUGUGUACUUCUUUAACUGUGAUUGCCUCAUCCCCCUCAAGAGGAAGAGGAAGUACUUCAAGGUAUUUGAGGUUACUAAGACAACAGAGAGCUUCGCCAGUAAGAUCCAGAGCCUGGUACCAGUUAAGUACGAGAUCAUCGUGACGACGGGCUACGAACCAGGGGCGGGCACAGACGCCAACGUCUUUGUGACCAUCUUUGGAGCGAAUGGGGACACGGGCAAGCGGGAAUUGAAACAGAAAAUGCGCAACCUCUUCGAGCGGGGCAGCACUGACCGCUUCUUCCUGGAGACGCUAGAGCUGGGAGAGCUGCGCCAGGUCCGGCUGGAGCAUGACGCCAGCGGCUACUACUCAGGCUGGCUGGUGGAGAAGGUGGAGGUCACCAACACUAGCACCGGAGUGGCCACCAUCUUCUCCUGCGGCAGGUGGCUAGACAAGUCUCGCGGGGAUGGCCUCACCUGGCGAGAUCUCUUCCCGUCUGUCUGA